CAGCUCUCCAGCUCUCCCCAUCCUCCUCCCCUCCUCUCUUUCAUCAUCCCACAAAACACAAAGACAAAACCCACAUCGGAAACCAUUUCUUUCAGCAAUGGCGUCGACUUACCAGGAACAAUUUCAAGAUAAUUAUCAGCCAUCUUGGCCUUUCUACAAUGUCAUCAGUUCCACUCUCGACCCCUCCGCCUCCGCCGCCGACUUCUCUUCCUCCUUCACCCUCCCGCAGUCCGCCGACGUCGACGAAAUGGACCUCAUAAUGGAUCAUCACUUCUCCUCCAUGCUCACCGCCGACGACCUCGCUGACUCUCCCGCGUCAGAGGACGACGGAUUCGGGAUGAUCACCUUGUCCACCGACGAGCUGCUGACCGGGUUGGACCGGUUCGACCCGAACCUCAGCGACAGCAGCCAACGGGAUAACAAUCAAGACUGUGGUUACUGGAGCCCCACUCCUUCCAUCUUAUCCAGCGAGGACACCAAUUCGCCAAUGGAAGUAGCGAUUCCUAAUCCGGCGCUGGACAUACCGAUGGAGGAGUCGGAACUCGGCAACCAGAUCAGCGUGUUCCACUUGCUGAAGGCCUACGGGGAAGCGAUGGAAGGAGGGCACAGGGAGCUGGGUGACGUCAUCAUGGCCAACGUUAGCGAAAAAGUCAGCCCCGCCGGCGACUCCCUGGAGCGGCUCGCUUUCAAUCUGUCGCAGGAUCUGCAGAAGGAAGUGGAUUACAUCAAGCAAGAAGCGCUCAAGAACUUCGAAUCCGCAUUCAGGGCUUUCUACCAGAUCUUCCCUUACGGCCGAUUCGCUCACUUCGCCGCCAAUUCGGCCAUGAUCGAGUCGAUUCCGGCAGAAGCCGAGACCGUACACAUCGUCGAUUUCGACGUCGGGGAAGGCGUCCAGUGGCCGCCGGUGAUCGAGGCUCUGGCUCGCCUGGGGAAAAAGGUCAAACUGACCGUCGUAGAUUGGGAAUCGCAAGCCACGGGAACGGAUCAGGACUCCGAUUGGGCGCCGGCGAUGUGGAACCUGGAGGAGGUGAAGAGGCGGCUGAUGGACCAUUCUUGUCGGGUCGGGUCGAACCUGAUCAUCGAAUCAACCCGAAUCGAAGAUUUGGCAGGGGAAAUCAGGGGAGCAAAGCGAGCGAGCGAAUGGCGCGUGUUCAAUUGUAUGGUGGGGCUUCCGCACAUGAGGAGGGUAAGAAGCAGGAAAUUGGUGGAGGAAUUCCUGACGACGGCGAACGAGUUGGUGGCCGAGUCGGGGAGAGGGAUGGUGAGUCGGGGAGACGGGGAAGCUUGGGAGCAUUUGAAUGGUUGCUCUGGGUUCGGAUCCUUCUUUGAAGGGAACAUGGUCUAUUACAGGUCCUUAUUGGAGUCAAUUGAGCUGAAUUUCCCGGAGCUGGCGGAGGCGAGGAUGGCGCUGGAAUGUCUGUUCGUGGCGCCGUUCAUAUCGUCGGAGGCGUGGUUCCAGAGAUGGGUGGAGAUGAGUGAGAUGCAGGGGAAGGGGAAGGGGAGGAAGGAGAUCAUGGAGAAGUGGAGAGUGAGCAAAGAGAGCUUGGAGGAAGCCAAGGAGAUGGUGAAGGAGAGCCAGACUUCGUACGGAGUGAGGACCGGAUGUGAAUCAGAGAAUGAGAUGGUUCUGGAGUGGAAAGGGACACCAUUGGUGAGAGUGUCGUCAACGUGGAGGAAGUAAGAGGGUUUGUUUCACUCGUCGGCGACAGCAGGGUAUUUUUUUUCUGUAAGCAGAGAGUACAGAGAAGGGAGGAGAAUCAAAACAAAAAAACAAAAAACCACACAAGGGAAACAACAGAUUCUUUUUAGAGUAAAUAGGAGGGGAGGUUAUACAAGGGGAAAUUGGAAAAAUUAGAUUUAUUCUAUUGUGUUUGUCUGUGACGGUGACUGUGAGAUGUAAAGCGUAUAGAGAGACCCCGAAUAUUUGUUUAAUCAUUGCUAAAAAGUGAAUAAACUGUAAGAGUAAUU